CAUGAUGCAGGAAUCAGCCAUGCAUGCUUCUGUGGCGCAAAUUCUCAUCUUGUCAUUCAGGUUUCAGGUACCUAGGAGGUACAAUGUGGUUAGGGAGGCAUAAUGUCAAUGGUGUAUUCAGGCAUUGUUCGUAAAGACGAGCCUCAAAUGCGCACUAUCAUUACCCCACUUCAGUGGUAAUUGGACACCGCUCGGCUGAGUGAUUGAAGUCUGUGCGGUUGCUGAUGUUUGGCUCUUGGUCGGCAUGAAUUCGGGGGAACGCGCUCAGCUUUAGAUACCGCGGGUAGAGACAAUCCUUGGCAAAGCUGAGGACCAUUCGAGGGGCGGCCCUAUACGAAGGAAGCGACACCAAGCCUGGGCCUUGUACCAGUUUUCCAGCCAACAAAUCCACACGACUGGCGGCGCUUCCAAUGAUGGAUUCAAGUCCACAGGCCCCGGGGCCUCGGAGUCUGUCGCCCCUGUCACCCGAGAAGCGCUCCGCUUGUCUGUUGAUGCGGCGCGCGCAAAACCGCAAGAUCGGGCACUUUCUGGCCUGGACGGUGGGGAGGAAGAAGCUAACCAGGGAACAAAGCAGCGUCCUGAAAGGAGUGGUAGGACGGGGCCAGGAAGUAGGGAAGAGGCCUGCGAGGGAACUCGAAGAACCGCUAAGCGGCAGCAAGAAGGCACGCGGGAAGAGUUUGGGUGAGGGUUUUCACCAGGAGCCUCGAGUCCCAAAAAGGAGAAAGCGCGAGUACACCGAAGCGAGUAUAGCGCCAGAGGCUGCCAUGGAGACUCCAGCCAAAGAACUGUUCAGAGCGGCUGGGUCCACUUUGAAACCAAACGGAAGUAGUGCAGGGGGUGCACGUCAAGAAGAAGUGAAACCUCAAUCGCAUGGGGCAUCACACAGCAUGGGGGAGAAGCGGGGCAAGCGCAGAAUUACGCCGAUCCCCAGCCCGCCAGUCAGCCGGCCUGUCUCCGCAGAGUCGAGUGUCAUAAGAAACGAGGGGCCGGAUGCUGAGGAGGCCUCCCAGCAGAGUGCGCUGGUGCGUGAUCUGGCUGAGAGCUUUAGCACAGUUAGCACGGACGAAAAAGGCUCUGUUGCUGCAAACCAGGCCGUGCCUUGGAGGUUGUCCGAAGCUGAGGAAGGGGCUCCAUCCGGGUCGGGACCGCCCCCAGCUUCCCAAACUCGACAAGCCAAACCCGUGAGGAUCCGGAAGCCCCCCGAAGCGGACGUCGAGCUUGAUCCGAGGGUGGAAGAAGCACUGCGCUACUUGGGCACAACUUUUGGGGACAUUCGAGGGGGUCAGCCGGUCUCCGGUGCUUCUAGGCGGCGGAGAAAAGCACGGCGUUGGCGCAAGUGGCGCAGGUUCUGUGGGCAAUUGGCUUUCUGGCCGUCCAAGAAGUGGUACCUCGGGUUUACGGAGCAAUUGGCGAAGGUCGCGGAGGACGGGGGGAGGGUGCUGGGAAUGAUUGACCGGUGGCGGGUCGAGCAGCUGCGAAACUUUGGACGGGAUCAUUUGGCGGACGCUGCACUGGGAAUGGUGGGGGUCCCAGCUAGGGCGGCGGAGAGAGGUCCUGGGGACGCCAACGCGCACAUUAAUGAUGAUGAAGAAGUUAAACCGGAAACGCUCAGCCAAAACGAAGCUGGGGCGAAGGAGGAUUUCACGGGAGCCAAAGGUUCGGAAAUUGGACUUGCGGGGCAGGUUGAAACCGAGGGGAAGGAAGAGUUAGCGCCUGCAGACGUUAGGGGGCACCCAGAUGAGGAAGAGGUAUCCAGUUCGGGUAUGGACGUGGAAGACUGGGGAGCCCUGGAGGAGGACGCGCCGCUAGAAGGGGCAUCAGAUGACGACUGCACGGUUUCUGACGGGCUGAGUGAGUUAGGUAGGGACGAACCGGCGCAUGCUUCGGAGGCUGAGGGGCAGCCCGAACCGGAGGUGAUCCACGAUCGGGACUUAGCGGAAGGGGAUGCAAACGAGCUCCACAUGGACGCUUUGCGCAGCAUGAGGUUGAUGACCCAGGACGCAUUCUGGGUGCUGCGAGAAGGCGGGGGUGGGGAAGCGUGGGACUUGGAAGAAGGUCCCGGGGGACCAGGGUCGGGCGGCGCAGAGGCGGACUGGCGAACGGACGAUGAAGGUGGAGGGGGGGAAUCACAAAGGCAGGGGGAGAACGGGGGCGGUCCAAGCGACUUGGCGUUCAUGACGAAAAUGGCGACCGCAGAGUCGCCAUCGGACCUGGAGGCGAUGCUGGACCGACUCGGCCUGGAGGACCUCGCCUUAACGGCCCCCCGGCCUGUCAGCUGCCGCCCCCUCUCGGCCGCCGAGAGCACUGCGGUGGACGCGGUCUUGCGGCGCAGCUUCUUCCGGGGGGGUGACGACGGGCACGGCAUCGUGGCGUCUGUGGGGCAGCACGAAGUGAGCGCGCGCGACCUGCAGGCGCUGAGCGGCGCGCGCUGGCUCAACGACCAGGUGGUCAACUUCUACAUGGAGCUGCUGGCGCGCAAGAACGCGGCCGACAGGAAGGCCGCGCGCGCAAGGCCAGUUCCCCGGGUGCACGUGUUGAACAGCUUCUUCUACACCAAGCUGGUCAACGGCGGGUACAACUACACGGGGGUGCGCCGCUGGACCAAGAGAGUGGACGUCUUUCAGCAGGACCUCCUCCUCACGCCCAUCAACCUCAACAACGCGCACUGGGCCUUGAUCUCUGUGAACCUCAAGGACCGGUGUGUGGAGUACUACGAUUCGCUAUGCGGUCCCGUCGAAAGUGCGCGUGCCAGGACCAUCACAGAGACGGUUCUGCGGUACCUGGAAGACGAGAGCCAGGACAAGCGGCAGCGCGAGCUGGAGGACCGGAAGAAGUGGGCCGUCAAACAGAUGCUGCACGGGGUGCCGCAGCAGGGCGACGGAGGUAGCUGCGGCGUGUUUGCAUGCGCUUACGCCGACCUGUUGGCCCAAGGGGCGCGGCCGCCGUUCGACUUCAGCCAGGCGGACAUUCUGACCAUGAGGAGAGCUAUGGCCGCGGACAUUCUUGCCGGAAAGUUGCAACCGGCAUAGAAGAAGAGCGGAGGAGGAAUGCUUCUCAUGAAACUGUGGCCCUAGCUAGGCGUGCCCUGCUUUUGUAAGCAGGGUCAAUAAGAUGUGCCCCACAAAGCCGCUCUGGCAAAGCCAGGCCUGGCAAAGCAGCUUAGGCAUCCAGGAGUCCUCCUCCAGAACUUGUAUUUCAACGGUGAUAUAGUAUGUUGAAAGCUUCGCUCUUGUCGAAAAGUCUGAUGCAGGCGGAAACAUUGACUGACAAGCCGUGACCGGCUUGAUUGGACUCCAAAGAAAAGGAGAUGCUCCGGAAACGUUGUACCUUAGUGCAACCGCUCCGAAAAAUGAUGUUAAGCGUGAGCACAUCAAAGACCUGCGGGG